AUGCUGCCUGAUAUCAAUGCGUUGACCUACGUAAAUAAGGUCCAGGAGUACAGGCCCGGAAUGUCUUACAUGGUCGAGGCCUUUGCAACCUGGUGCCCGCCUUGCCGAGGCAUGAUCCCGCACCUUGCAAAGAUCCCGACCAAGUACCCCAACGUAUACCUUGUGAGCGUCUCCGAGGAGGAUGUUGCGACCGUCGAGGGGUUUGCUUCUCGCAUCUCCCACAUGAAGGAGUACAACGUGGCCUGUGACACGAACAAGGAGGUCCGCAGCCUUAUGGAGAAGAACAAUUGCAAGGGCAUCCCUGCUGCCUUCCUCUUCAACAAGGAUGGGGAGCUGGUCUGGUCUGGACACCCUGCAUCCAACGAAUGCGAAGAGCACCUUUCGAAGCUCAACAGUCUCUGA